AUGCUAUGGGAACUCACCCAACUUCUACUAAUACAACGUAGAUAUCUACAAGUCAACCCUACUAUAUCGUUAACAAUCAUCGAUUCAGAAGCCACAGUAGGGGGCGUAUGGUCCAAGGCACGGUGUUAUCCAGGCUUCAUUGCAGAUGGCCCCGUAGGUCUAUUUGACUUUAGUGAUCUACCAAUGUCCAGUGUCAUUGGGCUCAAAAAUUGGGAUGAGCUGCCUGGCAUAAAAGUCCAUGAAUACCUACACGAAUAUGCCCAGAAGUUUCGUCUCCUCGAACGAUGCAAAUUUUCCUGCCGAGUCACAAAUGUUCGCCGGGCGACACCAGAGGGAGGAUGGACUUUGGAUACACAAACCACCGGCAAUGACGGCAAACAGAUAUCUGAGUCUUUCACAUGCGAAAAACUAAUUGUAGCAACGGGGCUGUUUUCGAAUCCUAAAUAUCCAGACGUGAUGACGUCUGAGUUCAAAGGGCCAGUUAUGCAUACCAAAGACAUUGGACAGCAGUAUAACGCUCUCCUUGACACAAGUGUCGAAAGCAUUGCUAUAUAUGGUGGAGGUAAAUCAGCUAUUGAUGCCUUAAACCUUUGUAUCGAAGCAGGUAAGAAAGUUCACUGGAUCAUCAGCGACAAAGGCAGCGGCCCCAACGUGUUAUUCAAUACUCGGCUAAAGUGGGGGUUUCACGUUGGCCAGUUUGUUGGAAGGUGGAAAGAUAUCUUUUCCGCUAGUAUUUUCAGCAUUGAUACGUUCUUUGGGCGGUUUUUCUAUAGUGGAGAGAACAGGCUAGGGACGUGGUUCAUUGACAAAUUCUGGUCCUUUGCGGCUAAGAAGAUGCGAACGGGUGAGCUGUACGCCGGCAUGACGGACACAAAUAGACAAAAAUUGUUGCCCGAAGGCGACAGCGCUUUAUUCACGGCUGUUGGCGGUGCUGCUCUCCAUAGCUGUCCCAAAUUCAUCCAAGAACUAAGCAAGCCAGAUGGUCUUAUCACCGUUCACCGAGCCCGUAUAACUUCUGCGCAAGAUCAAACACUGUGUCUUUCUAAUGGGGAGACUGUCAACUGCCAAGCUUUGGUGUAUGGCACAGGUUGGUCAAAUGAGGACAUGCUCUUUGAGCCUUCCCUCGGGCUUUCUCUAGGCUUGCCUAAGCUCGCAGAACUGGAAGAUCAAACAUCGAAAGACUAUUGGCAAGAGCUUCAUACGAAAGCAGAUGUAGAUGUUCUAUCACUUCUUCCAAUCCUGAAGGACUCGCCGGGACUUCAGAGCACAGCUGCUCUGACACCAUACCGUCUACAUCGAUACAUGUUGCCUUCGUCUUUAGCCGCACAGAAUGACCGGUCUCUCAUAUUUCUGGGAUAUUUGAUCAGCUUUCAGACGCAUAUCCUCAGUGAAGUUUCUGCUCUAUGGGCAGUCUGUUGGCUUGAUAACCUUGUCAAUCUAAAUAUCCCAAGCAGCAAGGAAGACAUUGAUUAUGAGAUUGCAAAGGUGAAUGCGUGGUCUCUUCGGAAGAAUUUGACCUUGGAACCGAACCCCGGUAGUGGGAUUCAGCAUUUUAUUGAUCUGCUGAUGAAGGAUAUGGGACUAAAGGCAAAGAGAAAGAGAGGGCUUGGAGUUCGUGACACGUUUUCACCUUACCGAUCCCAGGAUUACCUGGGAAUUGUGGAUGAGAUUCUGCAAAAGUCAAAAGCGGCAAUCUGA